AUGAGUGAGGAAAUUAAACAAGAAGUCAAGGAGGAAGCUCCAGAGGAGAUAAAAACCGAAGCUUCAGCGGCGACUGCAUCGGCCACAACGACCGACGCUCCAGAAGCGGCGGCCGCCACGUCGGAAGUGGCUCCAGGAGCUGCGGCCACUAUCGCACCAGCCGAGGGCUCGAAUGGCGCCGAAACUGCCGCUUCCAAUGACAACGGAAGCGCUUCGGAUGCCCCAAGCGUGAGUUAAUCGUUCCAGUGUCUGUUCCAGAAUUCAGCUCGUUUUUGCAGAAAUACGCCGAAACAGAAAACUACAAAAAGUUGAUCAGUUUGAAAAUGAAGCCGCCCGUCGCGGAUCUCGUUUGCGAGAUCUACGAGUCGGGUCUGCUCGGUCCCGAAGACCUCGACGACCGCGCCGUCGACAUUAUCAACUCGGUGAACGUCGACCAGGCCAAAUUCAUAUUCACCGAGAUCAAAAACUCGCAGCUGUUCGGCGUGGCGACCAAGUCGCUCUACGUCACCUCGCUCAUCCGAUCGUUCAAGGAUCGCGUUCGUCAGCAGGGCGCCGCGUCGGCCACCUCCGGCAAGCUCAUUAACGGACCCGACGUCGAGACGCUGAAAAAGUUGCUCGCCGACUCGGGCUACAGCAUCGAGGUGACGAUCGGACAGCGAAAGUACGGAGGACCGCCGCCCGGAUGGGAGGGACCGGCCACUGGACCCGUCGGUCAGGGCCACGAGGUGAGAUAAGGGGUCCACGGGGUAUACACACAAAAAAUGUUCGCCCAACGGUUGUUGACGAAGUAAAACACGUUGUCUUCAAAUUUGCAAAUGUUCUGUUCAGAUCUACGUCGGUCACAUUCCGACCGACAUUUUCGAGGACACGCUCGUGCCGUUGUUCGAGAAAAGCGGCAAAAUUUGGGAUUUGCGUCUCAUGAUGGACCCGCUGUCGGGCGCCUCGCGCGGCUACGCCUUCGUCACCUACUGCCAGAAGGAGGACGCGGCGGCGGCGGCAAAAGAGGUAAGUACGGUGGUUGGUGGAAGUUACUGCCCGCCUCCCGCUAGGUGCCCUGCCCUACAAUGCGUUCAAGCAUUUUGGACACUUUCUCUCACACCAAUUUCUCUCCAAAAACCCAAAAAACAACGCAUCCUUUAGUAUGACGGCCACGAAAUUUCGACUGGAAAACCACUCAAAGUGAACGUGUCUAUCGCUAACACUCGCCUCUUUCUGGGAAAUAUUCCGAAGACGAAAUCUAAAGACGAAAUUCUUGAAGAGCUCAAGUCUCAUGCAGGUACAGCCCACCCGAAAAUUCCAUUUUGCAACCGAUUUUAGCGACGAAAAUCGAGAAGGCGAGAAAAAAAGACAGUUUUUUUCGUCCAUUGUGAUGUGGUCCUCUUUUUUUCUCUCGAUAAUAUAAUCUCUAUUUUCUGGCAGAGUCCGUCCUAUUUUCUCGCAUGCUUCAUUUCUGUUCUUCAUUUUUUGUGUAAAGAUCGCCGUGAUUUCAGAGGGCGUCACUGACGUCAUUGUCUAUUCUGUGCCAGACAACGAGAAGAUUCGCAAUCGUGGCUUCUGUUUCGUCGAUUUCAUCGAUCACAAAACCGCGUCGGACAUUAAGAGGAAGAUUGCGCAGCACAAGGUAUUCGGAGCGACUUUUGAAUCCCCCGAAAACACGCGAAAACUCUGUUUCAGAUCCGUCCGUUCAACGCCGACGUCUAUGUGGAUUGGGCGGAGCAUCAGGAGGAGCCCGACGAGGACACUAUGUCGAAAGUGAAAGUGCUCUACAUCCGUAACAUCAAGGAAGCGGUGACUGAGGAGAAGCUCACCGAGCUCUUCAAAGAGUACGGCGGUCUGGAGCGCGUGAAAAAGGUCAAAGACUACGCGUUCAUCCACUUCAACGAGCGCGAGGACUGUCUGAAGGCGAUGGAGGCGUGGAACGGAAAAGAGCUCGAGGGCACCGUUGUGGAGGCGUCGCUCGCAAAACCGCCACAGGAGAAAAAGAAGAAGCCGGUGAUGCGCGGACGCGGAUUCUCGAGCCCCGGCAUGUUCAGCGGAAAUCAGGGACAACGCGGAAGUCAUCGUGGAGGUGGAGGCGGUGGAAAUCAACAUCAGGGCGGUGGUGGUGGCGGAUACGGAGGAUAUCCCAACCAGUACGUUUUUCUCAGACGAUGAAGUCAGCUGGAAACUCGCUUUAAAAUCAAGGUUGUGCGUAGAGCAACGAGAUCUACACCGAGAUCGCCGAGAUCUACAAACUGAUGUGUUGUUCAACGCACAACUUUGAUUUUGAAGCGAGUUAUAAGCCAGCUAGAAAUUGGCCCACUGACAAGUCCGCCUUUUUCAAACUUUCCAGAAAAACUGUAUUUUUUGCAGCUUCAACAACGGCUACGACAUGCCGAUGCCGUGGGGCGGCGGCGGCUACGGCGGAGACUUUGGCGGUUAUGGUGGCGGCUACGGUGGAUACGGAGGCGGCGGAUACGGUGGCGGCGAUUUUGGUGGUGGCUACGGCGGUCCCGGUGGAUUCGGCGGAUUCCGAGGCGGAGCACGCGGAUCACCUCGCGGCGGACGAGGCGGAGUCGGCGGCGGCGGUCCGGGCGGACGCGGUGGAAUGUAAGUGGAGGCGUGUGCAAAAGAAGAAGAAAGUUUAAAAAAACCUAAAAAGGCGUUCAGGUCGAACAGACGCGGUCGCGGCAAGAGACCGGGCGACGGGCGCGGCGGUCCGGCGUCGAAGAGGGACAACGGGAAACCGGAUUUUUCGGCCGACGUCAACAUGAGCACCUUCUGA